UUUGCAUCCACCAUGUUCAUCUGCAGGCCAGAAACAUCAUUCCCUUCAGGCUCUCUGGGGAACUGAGCUUUCACCACCCAGGCUGAAGUCUGGCAAAAGCUCAAAGAAAAAGAAGGGAAAUGGGAUCCAUAUGGUGACAAUAUAAAGUCCACCCCAAAUCUUAGAUCCUACUUCAAUCAUCUCCGUUUUCCUCAAAACACACAAAACUUUGCCCAGAGAAGAAGCAGUGGGUCACUGGCACAACAAGACGUAAUUUGAUUACGACUUCUAUAAUUAAACAGGUGUGGUACCUGCUAACAUGAACUGCAUAGGUCACCUAGUGAUCCUGCUUCUUUUGGGUGAAGUGGCUUCUCAAAGCAAACGGACAAAGCCGGGCAGUAAAGUUCCGAGUCAAGGCCGGAAGACAAUAAACCCUGGGACAUCUGACGAUGAGACCCUUGCACCAGAAUCCAUUUCAGGAGACGACAAAAAAGAACUUGUUGAGUCACAAGCUAAAGACCCCCAAAAUGCUGCACAUCAGAUUCCAAAAUCUGGGGAUGACAUGAAACUCCAUUUCUUGAAGAACACACAAGUUACAUGCAAUGAUGGCACAGUUGCUGGGUUUUACUACAGGGAAUACAAAGGGAGUAAACGGUGGCUUGUAUUUUUAGAAGGUGGCUGGUGCUGCUAUAACAAAGAAACCUGUGAUAGCAGAUACAAAAAUAGCCGUCGCCUCAUGAGCUCAACAGAAUGGCCAAGUAACAAAAAAGGCAGUGGAAUUCUUUCAAAUCAACCUGAAGAAAAUCCCCAGUGGUGGAAUGCUAACACAGUAUUUAUUCCCUAUUGCUCAAGUGAUGUAUGGAGUGGAACUAGCCCAAAGUCUCGCACAGGAAAGGAGACAGGGGACUACGCUUUCAUGGGAUCCCACAUAAUCAGGGAGGUUAUUAAAGACCUCAUUCCCAAAGGUAUGAAGCAAGCCAAGGUCAUUAUGCUGGCUGGUACAAGUGCUGGAGGAACCGGAGUUCUGUUAAACAUUGAAAAAGUAUCAAGUCUCCUAGAGCAACUAGGGGCAGAAGCCCAGGUCCGUGGUUUGGUGGAUUCUGGGUGGUUUUUGGAGAGCAAGCAGCAACAAGCAAAUGAAUGCACUGAUGCAACUUCUUGCAGCCCAACUGAUGCCAUUAAAAAGGGACUCAGAUUAUGGAAUGGAAUCGUCCCAGAAAAGUGUCGGCAACAGUUCAAAAAAGGAGAAGAAUGGCAGUGUUUCCUGGGGCACAAGCUGUACUCGUCUAUAAAAUCUCCAGUUUUUGUUGUUCAAUGGCUUUUUGAUGAAGAACAGCUAAGAGUUGAAAACAUAAACUUUGGAAGUCAGUCCUUGACAGAGCAUCAGUGGACAUCUAUCCAGAAUUUAGGCAGAGAACUAAAGAAUUCAUUACGGGACGUGCAGGCAGCCUUUGCUCCUUCGUGCCUGUCUCACACAUUGAUUACUAAAAGCAACUGGAUGGAUUUUCAAGUUAAGGGCACAUCUCUCAACAGAGCACUGCAGUGUUGGGAUAAAAGCCUUCAAGAAGCCACCAAGAACAACAAGACACCCAUCAGAGGAUGCCCCUUCCACCUCAUUGAUAACUGCCAGUGGCCUCAAUGCAACCCAACCUGCCCUCCCCUGGUUGACCAAAGAUCAGGACAAGAAAUUAGCUUGUCACAGGUUUUAAUAGGAAUGGGGCUUGAUGUGCACAAGCUGGCACAAGAGCUAAAGGUUGAGGUGAGCCAUCUGUUAGGGAUGAUCAGUAACGGGGGCUAACAAGUAGACUAGUAAAACACCAUCAAACAAUACCAUGUUAUGUGAUUGUUGUACUUCUCAAUACACACUUUAGGCUAGCUAACUUCCUUUCAAGGAACACAUGACGACCGAAAAGAUAUGUUUAUUUUACUGACUCACAAAGCUUUCAAUUUUACAAUAGUUAGUAGUUAUAGCAUAGCCCUACAAGGAAAGCCUAUAGAUUUUUAUUUUAAAUGAAGUGCAUAUACGUAGAAAGUUUAUAUGUCAUAUUUUUACUAUUACCCUCAUGUGUUAAAAGGCAAAUCUGCAAUAAACAAAAUGCCCAGGGCUCCUGCUGUACCUGCUUUAGCUCCAUUUCAAAUAAGUAGGUCGCUGACACCACUUAAGGUAAAAAUAGCCUGACGUUAUCAACGUACCCCUUCAAAAAAAAGCUAACUGAAACAAAGGUCUCUCUUUACAGCUGCCGAGAUGAGACAGAUACAUGCUCUGGUUGAGUAUAUGAGAAGCAGCCUGAUGUUUCUAAGAUAUUCGUAAAUGUUAUACUGGCUAAAUUGGAAAAGCAACCCAGUAAUUGCUGAGCGGUAGGCUGCCUCCUCAGUAAAGAAAUGUUUUACAAGAACUGCAGUGUGAACUUCUGUUAGUCAAUGCCAGACUUGUGUACACCAUGAUAGAGUAUACGUGCUGCUAUAUGCUGGUAACAUUACAUUUAAGCAUAAAAACUAUAAACAUUUAUAUUUCUUUAAAUAUUAUAUUUGUGGGCAGUCUAUACACAUUUCAGUUCAUUCUUAGUCUCUUUGAUUUUACAAUUACAUACAUACUGUUAUUGAGACAAAAUAAACUUUAAGAGCUCAAUACAAAUAUUCUAAUCAAAAAUUCAGUGCCUGCUCUUAUACAUGUUAUGGUAUUUGUUUUAUGUCAUCUUCUUUGUUUUACUUUUUUUUAGUCAUAUGCUGUAAUAAUAAUAAUAAUAAUAAUAAUGGUGUGGCCUCCUUUGCCCAUGCUGCUCUAAUUUAGUCCUUCUCUCAGGAUAGCAGACUGUUGUCAAUCACUCCUGAAGUAAAAAUAUUUAUUGUUGAAAUACUCUUUCCCAUAUUUAUCUUGUUAUUUCCAUUAAAUAAGCUUUAAAAAUGUGUUUAUGUUGCAAAUGAAAAACACUUUCCCAAAAUGUACAAAGAUGUGAGAGAUGAUAGACUUAAAGAGCACCUUACCUGCCAGUCACUAUGCUUCAGUAAAAUAAGGCUGCCUGCCAUUUAGGAUUUGUUUUCUUUUGUUGCAAAUGACUAAUAUUAAUCUAAUCUUUUUAUACAAACUAUUUUAAAUGAUUCAGCGUGGGAAUUAUUCAAAUUAUUCAUGAUUUCAGACUACUAACAUUUUUCUGCAAGACACUGUUUAAGAUUAUUUUGUAAACAACAUUUUAUAAUCAUUAACUUUGUUCACUAACAUAUACUGUAUCUAAUUUAUCCAUCUUAGUUAUUUUUAACAGUCUAUGCUAAUACUUCUUGUAAUUACUUUUAGAAUAUGUUAGACAUAAAACAUAAUUAAAGUUAUAUGAGAAGAUAGUCAAAUUAUAAAAAAUAUACAUACAAACAAAUUUUAAAUUACAUUUUUUUGAAGUAGUCAUUUUCUAUCCAAAUGUCCAUGAAAAUCACAAAUUCAUUAACAAAUGAAGUUUCUCAUCUACAACGUGGACGGUACCUGCACAAAAGGUACCUGGAUUUAUCCUGGUCUUUUAAACUAUAUGUAAAGGUG